CUUCAUCGGUGUUUCAUCCGUCUCUAGAUUCGAUUCGGAAAGUGUCUCUGUCUUUAUGCUCUAAACAGGACAUUCUAUCGAUUUUCCGACAAGAUGCACGUCUUUCUCAAGGACAUACUCCCCGCAGCGCAGAGCAACAUAAACACGCGUUUCAUCAUCCUCGACAAAGCAAGAUCAUCAUCCCUGCACGUCACGAGCGUGAAGAGUUGCAUCGCGUUAGCUGCGGAUGAAACGGCGUCGGUUCACAUACAUCUGUGGGGAGACGAGUGCGACGCGUCCGAGGCAGGGGAUAUCGUGAAGCUCACAAAUGGGAUAUUCUCUUACGUGCGGAACAGUGGGUUACUUCUCAGAGCUGGGAAGCGCGGGAAGAUGGAGAAGGUUGGUGAGUUCACGGUUGCGUUUGUGGAAACGCCAAACGUUUGUGAGAUCCAGUGGAAUCCUGAUCCGGAGUAUCCUAAACGCUAUAUUAAGAACAGCGUCGUUUCGGUUUAUUCCCGUAUUUUCCCGCCUUUGCCUUGAAUAAAAUAUUUUGUAUAACCCAAAAUGUGUAUUUAUACUAUUCUCCC